AUGCUGACUUGGCUAGAACUCGACAUCGAGACAGGCAGCGUGUUGUUCGAAUGGAGCAGCCUUGACCACGUAGACCCAUCGGGGGCCUACCUUCCCUUGAAUCCUGAUCAAGCUGGGGCUGGAUCCAAUAGCUCGGACGCCUGGGACUAUUUCCACAUCAACUCCGUUGACAAGGACGACCAAGGGAACUACCUGAUCUCCGCCCGCGAUGCCAACGCCGUGUACAAGAUUAAUGGAGCAACCGACGAAAUCAUCUGGCAACUAUCUGGGAAGUCGUCGAGCUUCACGAUGGGUGAUCAAGUCGAGUUUGCGUUUCAGCAUCACGCCCGCUUCUUGUCCCGUAACGAAAACGACACUAUAGAAGUCAUCAGUCUGUACGACAUCUCGGCUCAUGGGACAGAAAAUGGUCACGGGCAUGAAGUCUACUUCUACAACAUCGGUCAUCAGGCCGGAGGUCAUGCUCCAUCAGUAUAA